AGAACAAUUUUCUCUCGUGGAGCUGCACAUCAGUUUCAUAUCUCUGGCGGCUCAAGGCGUUUAAGAAGUGUGAAACCUGCUCGGAUUUUUCCCAACACUUUUGCUGCAAGCUUUUCAUUCAAACAAUUUUGCAAAUUUCAUCUUUUUGGGGUGAAAAGUCAUCAAGUUCUUGAAAAGUUUUUGUUUGUGAAGUAAAAGUGAGAAUUCGGGUGUGCUUUGGGUGUGAAGAAAAAGCUCUCUCUGUGUGCUGUGAAAGUUUGCAAUAAGAGGAAGUUUCUGUGUAAAAUACAAAGGAUUAUUUGAGAGGACAUCUCGUGAAGAGGGAUACAGCAAUGGCGGAUGUUCGAAGCUCCACCGAUGCUGAAAAGCUCAACAAUUCCGUACCCCAUCAGCACAAUACAGAGGGAGACAACGACAGUGGUGUAGAUGAAUCGACACAAGGCAAUGAACGCAACGGCCCAGGAUCUCCAGGUUCCCCAGUGAAGUCACCAACAAAGAUCCCGGGAUUGUCCCGUCCACCAAGUACUACGCCCUCCAUCAAGUCGCGCAGCACCUCCAAAUCACGUCUGACCGAUAAGACCCCAGACGCGGAGCCUCAGAUCAAAAAAGCAGUCCCAAUGAAUAAGAUUCAAGUGGGCGGGGCACCAUCACCAAAUCUCAAAGCAGUCAAGUCCAAGAUUGGUUCAUUGGAGAACGCGAGCCACAAGCCCGGUGGUGGAAAUGUGAAAAUUGAGACGAAGAAAUUGGACAUUAAGGCUGGUUCGAGGAUUACAGCAAAGAACGAUGCAUACCAGCCUGGAGGAGGGGAUAAGAAGAUUGUUCAGAAUAAGCUACAGUGGUCCGCAAGAUCCAAGAUUGGUUCCCUGGAGAAUGCUCAUCACAAACCCGGAGGUGGGAACAAGAAGAUUGAGUCGCAGAAAUUGGAAUUCCAAGCCAAGUCCAAGGUGGGCUCAAAGGACUACAUUAAGCACGUUCCAGGAGGCGGAGAUGUUAAGAUCCAAACUCACAAGAUCGACAUUAAGGCGCAGAGCAAGGUGGGUUCAUUGGACAAUGUGAAGCACAAACCCGGAGGUGGUGAUAAGAAAAUCUUCGACGAUAAGGACUACUUGAAGAACAUUGAGCAUCCCAUCACGCCCACACCACCGAGUCAGAGUCCAGACCCCAAUGAAGCCUCACCUUUUGCUGAUGACCUUUUAAACAAUCAGGAGUGAAGAAAUUUCCACUAAAAACCAUGAUAUAUUUUUUUUCUAAUUUUAAGUUUUUCUUAUCUGUAUGUUUGUCUCUUUUUUUGCUUUUAAUUUCUUGCAUUUUGAUUUUUUGAUUAAAUGUUUAUUUUUCUAUUUGAUGUUCUUACAUUAAAUUUGUGGACAAAUAAAUUAACCUUAUAAUGCAUAUAAUGAUGAAGAUGAAAAAAAAACUGAUGAUAUAUGGAAGAGGAGAAUGUAAUUUGUAUUACCUAAUCAUAUAAUAUAGUGUUAGUUCAUAUUUAAUUGCAUUAGAGGGUAAAUGGUUGGACAUGAGAUGAAAAUAUUGGAGUAAAAAACAGAAGGGGAAGAAUUUUCUUAUAUGGAGGGGUAAUUUAGGAGAGAUAUGUAUAUGGCAAUUAAUUGCUUCAUAUUUUAGAAAAUUAAUCAAUUAACCCGUAAUUGAAUUAACAGCAACGUACCGCCUUUUUUGUAUGGGAAGAAAGAAAUUUUGUGAAUUCACGACUUUGGACAAAAUAUCUUUUGAGAGCUGAUACUGCUAGUCACUUGUGCUGCAUGAAGUUUGAGUUUAUUAUCUUUAAAUAUAUUUUUUUCUAUAUUUUAUCUAAAAUUUAGUGUAUAAAUUAUUAUUUUUUGAUAUUUAUAUUUUGAUAUUUCUUUUUGUAGAGCACCGUACGGGUUCGUUAAAAGCAAAAGAUUGUAAAAUGCGAAGUUAAAUCUGGCACGACUUUUUCUCUUUAUAUUUGUUCUUAAUUUUAUUUUCUACUUUCCACUCUGUUCUUCUUCAUGCUUUUGCAGAGAGAUUUUUUUAUUGAAAAAAUUUUUCUAAAGACAAAUUUGGUCGAAAAGAAAUUGAACACCAUUUUAAUGUAGUUGACAAAGGUAAAAAAAAUAUUAGAUUUUAAAAAAUUGAAUGUAUUUUAUAAAAUGACCAUUGUAAGAGUAUAUAAGAAAAUUAUUUACACACCUUAAUCUAUAGGCUACACUCAUUUAAAAAUUAUAUACUUAUAUAUUGAUUAAAGAAGAAAAUAGAACCAAAUCUGUAGCAGCAUGUUAUCCUUAAAUUUUACUCAAAAAAUUAUAUUUUGAUCAAAUUGAGAAACACAAACUUUAAAAAAAAAAUCACGUAAUAAAAUCUAUUAUUAGUCAUAAUCUGUAUGAAAAUAUUGCUACUAUUUACCAUUCUGAUGAGAAAAGUAUAUAAUAAAGAUGAAAUUGUUUUUAAAUGUAA